CUAGCAACCCGUGAGCGGCCGUGGCAACGGCGAUGCCGGUGUGGCUGCGGGGCUGCAGCUGGCGGCAGAGCCCCGCCGCCCUCUACCUCUCGCUGCCGCUGCGCGGCCUGCGGGCCACCCCCGCCAACAUCUUCUGCACCGAACGGUACUUGAAGGUAAGCAUCCCUCCCUAUUUAUUUGAAGCCAUUUUAUAUGCACCUAUUGAUGACACAAAUAGCACAGCAAAGAUUGAAAAUGGAAUCAUUUUCUUCACCUUGUAUAAAAAAGAAGUGGCCAUGUGGGAUUCCCUAACUCUAGUGAAUGCUAGCAAGGAGGAACUGCAAUGUAUAAGAGAGAAUGCUGUUUUAAAAGCCCAUGAAAAGGCAAAAGAGGAGGCAGAAGCAAAACAAGUUACAAGACAGAAACACAGAAAAUAUGCCUUGGAGGCCACAAUGAAGCUAGAAGAAGCAGAAAGAAGAAGAAUUGAAGCUCUGAAAGAAAAGGAGCGGCAGAAGGUCACUGAGGAGUUGGAGUUAUGGGAAAAAAAGCAAAAAGAUGCUGAGAAACAAAAGAGAGUACAAAAAGAAGAGGAACUGCAUCAAGAAGUAGAGCAAUUGAAGGAGAAGAAAAAGGAAAAAAAUAAUGAAACUAGGAUUCCUAAUGAAGGAACUUCUAAGACCAGGCUUAAACAUACUAAAGGUCAUGGUUCCUGCAGCAUGUUUUCAGACAAUUUAAAGGAAGAACAGUUACCAGCUCCUCGAUCUGCUGCUACAAUUGAAGUCAACUUUACAGCACGAGUUUUUCCUACAGCUCUGCGAGAAUCUCGUGUUGCAGAAGAGGAGGAGUGGCUACGUAAACAAGCAGAAGCUCGAAGAACCUUAAGUGCUGAUUUAUCUGAGCUGGAAGAUUUAAAAGAAGAGGAGAAGAACCCAGAUUGGUUAAAGGACAAAGGAAACAAAAUGUUUGCAACAGGAAACUAUCUUGCUGCUGUAAAUGCUUACAACCUUGCAGUGCAGCUAAACAAUCAGCUUCCCCUGCUGUAUCUGAAUCGUGCUGCUUGCCACCUCAAACUGAGAAACUUACAUAAAGCUAUUGAAGAUUCCUCAAAGGCACUAGAACUGCUGACACCACCAGUUCCUGAUAACGAGAGUGCUCGAGUAAAAGCAUAUGUAAGACGAGGAACAGCAUUUUGUCAGCUGGAAUUAUAUACUGAAGGUCUCCAGGAUUAUGAAGCAGCUCUCAAGAUUGAUCCUAAAAAUAAAACUAUAGAAAAAGAUGCUGAGAAGAUUCGACACCUACUUCGUGGAACAAAACAAGAUUCUUAAUAUGUAUUAAAAGAAAAGGAACAUUUUGACAGGGAGGCUUUUUGGAGGGUAUGAGAAAGAAUGUGAGUUCUCUUCAGUAUGUUGUUAACUAGACAUUUUUCUGUUUCAUUCAGAACACCUACAGAAUUGGUAAAAGUCUGGAUAUAUGAAUAACUAUUUUUUGAAAGUACAGUAUUAUAACAAAUAAGAUUAAAUAUGUUUUAUAUGUAUUUGAUACAUUUUUGCUUUCUGUGAAAUACUAGUGAGUUGAAUAUUAAAAUGCUUUUGGUACUUGAUUUAAAGUUACUCAUAGCUAAAUUAAAUAUUUUUCUGGAAAUAUCUACUGAAUCUAGAUAAUGGCUUUCAAACAACUUCAGUAGCUCCAUAUAGUCAACAUCUGUUAACUUCUUAUCAUUCUGUUCUCCACUAAAGCUGGAACAGUUGUGUGUUGCAUGGUUAUGGUUAUAUGCUUUCUUCCUGUUGUUCAUAGUGUUUGGCACAUCUGAAACUAAGACAGGGAAUUUAGAUACUCUAAUUCAGGCAUCUAAUUUGGAAAACCUCCACCUGGGAGCAUAGAGGUAGGUUUUAUGUCAAGCAGAACAUGCUUUUUAACAUUAAGUGAUGUACAUUGAAUAUUUUCAGACUACUUUGAAGCAACUUUUCGGCUGACCAAACAAGGUCAUUGGAAAAAUUAUACAUUUUUAGUGUUGUAUUGUAGUAUAGUAGUAAAUUAAUCCUGUGAAAAAUUGUCCUAUCAAUGAAUAUGACUUCUUCCAUCUUACUACAAUUAGCAAUCUUAAACUGUAACUGGAAAGCAUAUUCUAAAACAAAAACAAUUGUUACUUACUUGAGAAUAUAUUUUUUUCUUGAGCUAGUAUUUUAAUUUGUGCUUCGUUGAUAUCGGCUGUAUCUCGGGGAUGUUGUUGUGAUUAAAGAGUCUCAGAAAAGGGAACAUCCUGGUAAGGUUACAAAUGUUGUAAAAUUACAUGAAACAUGACACCAUGCUUUGAAGUCCUGCCCGUUUUGAAUAGCGGAAAAAUGUAAUUUAGAAUUGUAUUGUUUGUAGAGAUGUGUUAGCCUUUGUGUUACUGUGACAGUCUGAAACACUGGACUUGAAGUGGUUCUGUUUUGUUGAGCAUUCUAUCCAAAUUGGGACCGUUUCAACUACACUCCUUUCAGUAGCACUAAAUACCAUUUAUGACUGAUUUCUGUCUUUAGCAGAAAAUGUGUUAUGCAGGUAUAUGUUAUUCUGUGUAAAUUUUACACUGUUGAAACAGGGAGAAGGUGGCAGGUGUUGCUUCCACUUGCUUUUCCUUAGAGCCUAGAGUGCUGAGGUGAGUCAGAAAUGUUCCUUCUUUCCUACAGAUACCUACUGCUUUGCAAUGGAAGGGGGUGAAAAUGCUUCCUUUAUAGCAGCUGGAAGAAGGACAGUGCAGGAGCUUUAGUGCCUCAGUUGAGUGUAAUGGUGUACUUGCCAAAAUAUGGCUAUUUUCUUUAAUGUAAUUAGUGAGGGGAAGUGAGGGCUAAGGAGGAGAGACACUGGCAAUGGGAAAAAGUAAAUGCGAAGAAGCAGACACUCCUUUGAAGUUUCUGAUCUUCUGUUUUGGAUCCAGAACAAUCUGUAUACAUCUAUAUAUGCUAUUUGUGUUGGACUGAUUUGUUACAGCUAAUUAAGGCUCUUUUUGAUGUAGACAAACACCUUUUUCUCCUGCUAUGAAAUAGAAACAGUGCUUUCUUUAAAGGGUAGGGAACUAAAUGUGCUCGGUGGCAUGAACAGUAUCUGCCUGUUUCAUCUGAUUAUGUUGGGAGCAAAUGGAUGUUAAACUUCUGACCUGAGCUGAUGGUGUGUACACCAUACAAAGUCAUAUGCAUUAUGUUGGCAUUAGUGUCCUGAGAAAUAGAAAUGUGGCAACUGACUUUAAGUUUUAAAACCAGAAAAUACUUUAAACCAAAGAAACAUUCAUGUCAACACCUCUUGCGCUUAACUCUUUC